AUGGCUCUCACAGCCUGGACUCGACGAAGACGCCAUCAGCAGCAGUUGGAUUCUUCCAAAAUUCUCGCUGAUGCAGGCGUUGUCCGCGACAUUGCUGGUCUUCACAACUCGUCAAAGGGUGUCCGCAUCACUUUCGGAACCGCUGGUACCAGCACGGUUGCUAAUGGGCCUUUUCCACACGAAACCGUCGUGUCCGGCUACUGGAUCUUCGAAACCAAGGACCUGCAGGAGGCCAUAUCAUGGGCUCAGAAGGCCCCAUUCCCCGAAGGCGGGGUCCUCGAAGUACGCCAGAUCGCUCAAUUGGAAGACUUUGGUGAAGAGUUCGCGGAGAAACUCAAGGCUGCCCGUGAGGACGCCAAUAAAAUGUCGGCCAGAGACUGA